UUUUUUCUUGAACUAAAGGAUGGUCGUUUCUCAAAGGAAUAUGGUAAUUGCGGACCCGCAAUAUAUUUAUCUCCGAGUUUUGUAAAAUGUGAUAUUUUUGCUAGUCGCUGUAACCCUACAAAAAGAGCAUUAGUCGUUUGCGUAACUGCCCUUGGAAAAAUAUUCGAUAACACGAUAAGUAAGACUGUAAACCCAAAUACCAAGUAUCCCCCAAAGGGAUUUCACAGUGUCAAACAUUAUGUUUCCACGGCCGACGAAUAUGUAGUGUACGAUAACGACCAAGUACUUCCGAUUUUGGCAAUAUAUUAUGAUAAAUCUGAGGAAAAUAACCUUCACCCUUUCAUACCAGCAAUUAGUUCAAUAGCGGGAUUUAAUUCAUUUGCUGCAUCAAAUCAAAGUAAUUUUAAAAUGCCUAUAAACACGUCACCCCACUUUAAUUCUGCCUUUGGUUUAAACUCUAAUGGAUUUAAUUAUACAUCACAUCACCCAUCGACUACUUUCAAUCUUCCUCCGCUUCCAACGAAUUUUAAUCGAAAUGUACCUCAAUUACCAUCUAUUACACUGUUUACUCCAUUUGCUAAGUCCUCUAUUUCAAAAUCUACGAAUGUACAAACAGAGAGUCAAUGGACUAUUCGUAAAGCACAAGGAAUGGUACAACAAUGGGAACGACAGGUUAAUUUAUCAGGAAAAAUCUCCAACUUUUAUGGUACAGCGAUGGCUGAUAAACAAUUCUGGCCAGUAAAACCAAAUGGAAUUUAUCCACACCUAAAAACAUAUUUAGAUCUUGUUAUGUCAAAACAACCAAAUAUGUCUUCUUCGGAAUUAGACCAGGGUUUCAUUAAUAUGUUAAAAAAUCUUAAUAGCUAUGAAGGAAUUGUAUAUGCUAGAAGGAAAAAUGUUGAAAUGUCAAGAUCUAUUAAUUUGAAUCAGGUCAUUUCUUUGGCUACACAAGAUCGACUUCAAGAAGCAGCUGCAUCACAAGAAAGCUGUACUAUAUGUGCAGAAUCGGUAGUAACUUUUAAUCAACCUUUAGAUGUUGUAAAAAUGAACAAUUGCCCCCACAUUUUUCACAGAUCUUGUAUAGAGACAUGGUUGUAUAUGCCUUCAUCACAAAUGAUAUGUCCAAAUUGUAAGACUCCUUGCCAUGAUCCUAUGGCACCACCUCCAAUAGGCCCGAUGCCGGAUGGAGAGAUGGCAUAUUCCUUUAGUGAAAAAUUUGGUGCUUGGUUCAUAUGUUAUUCAAUUCCCCAUGGGGCACAACUUCCUUGUCAUGCAGCACCAGGAAAACCUUUUAAAGGUGCUACUCGAACCGCUGUUUGUCCGAUUUAUUUAAAAUGGGGUCCACUUUUAUUCAUACGUAUGGUCGCAGCUUUUUAUUAUCAUCACACCUUUACAGUAGGCACUUCUCUUACAACUAACAUGUCUGAUGUUAUAACUUGGAAUGGUAUACAUCAUAAGACAUCAAUCGAUGGUGGUUUUGGUUUCCCUGAUUCAACUUACGAAGACCGAGUUUCUUUGGAGUUGGAUGGGAAAGGAAUUCUUUUGUUUUUAAGAGAUCUGAUAUAGUUAUCAAAAAAAAUAAUUAUUCAGAUAUUUAUAUAUUUUAUCCAAUGCAUGAACAUUUGGUAUAUUGAUUAUUAUGCAAAAGAGUGAAAGACAACCAAAAUAAAUGAAUAAAUUGUUUAUGAAUUUUGUAUUCCUGUAAUAAAAUAUUCUGAUUGGAAAGACAAAUAGGAAAUACUUGUAAUUUUCUCAAUGAUAGUUCUAUUAAGUACUAUUUCUAUAAUGAUCAAUUAUUGAAAUCAUU